CCCAAUUUUCUAUCCCCUUCCCUCUUGGUCUCGGAGGACCCCGUCCUAGCCCGACCUGUCUCGGCCUGAAACCUCCGCGGAGCCGUCCGUGCCACUCCCUGCCCAUGUGGGCCCCUGCGGGCUGCCUACGCCUGUCCCCCAGCUCCCCGUUCCGCUGGGCUUUCCCCUCGACAGGGGUGGCUUUCUGAGCUGCCCGCUUCGUGCCCAUCUCUGCAGCUUCUCCUGCCACUCGGGGCCCCCGUUCCCCCUCCCGGCGGCGGGGGGCUGCCCCCGGGGGGCUGGCGGAGCUGGGCCGCGGGGGCCCCGGGGCCGGCGGUGCCGGGGUCAUCGGGAUGAUGCGGACGCAGUGUCUGCUGGGGCUGCGCACAUUCGUGGCCUUCGCCGCCAAGCUCUGGAGUUUUUUCAUUUACCUUUUGCGGAGGCAGAUCCGCACGGUAAUUCAGUAUCAAACUGUCCGAUAUGAUAUCCUCCCCUUAUCUCCUGUGUCCCGGAAUAGGUUAGCCCAGGUUAAGAGGAAGAUCCUGGUGUUGGAUCUGGACGAGACACUUAUUCACUCUCACCACGAUGGGGUCCUGAGGCCCACAGUGCGGCCUGGGACACCUCCUGAUUUCAUCCUCAAGGUGGUAAUAGACAAACAUCCAGUCCGGUUUUUUGUCCAUAAGAGGCCCCAUGUGGAUUUCUUCUUAGAAGUGGUAAGCCAGUGGUAUGAGCUGGUGGUAUUUACAGCAAGCAUGGAGAUUUAUGGCUCUGCUGUGGCAGAUAAACUGGACAAUAGCAGAAGCAUUCUCAAGAGGAGAUACUAUAGACAGCACUGCACUUUGGAGUUGGGCAGCUACAUCAAGGACCUCUCUGUAGUCCACAGUGACCUCUCCAGCAUUGUGAUCCUGGAUAAUUCCCCAGGGGCUUACAGGAGCCACCCAGACAAUGCCAUCCCGAUCAAAUCCUGGUUCAGUGACCCAGCGACACUGCCCUUCUCAACCUGCUCCCAAUGCUGGAUGCUCUCAGGUUCACCGCUGAUGUCCGUUCUGUGCUGAGCCGAAACCUUCACCAACAUAGGCUCUGGUGACAGCUGCUCCCCCUCCACCUGAGUUGGGGUGGGGGGGAAGAGGAGAGCCCGUGGGAUGCCAUGUCUGAUGCCCUGUCCAGUGUGAGGACUGCCUCGGCAGGGUCAACCCCUCCCACCCCUUUCUGCCUUGGGAGCCCUACACUCCACUUGGAGUCUGGAUGGACACAUGGGCUGGACUGUGAAGCAGCUUCACUCUAACUUCCUGUUCACCCUCCAUGAAAAUCCCAGACUGGGACACGUGGAGGCCUUCGUGAGCUGAAACUGUCUGGUGGAGAGGCAGGACUGGCCAGGAUGAGAGACAUACAGUGUUCCUGGAGGCUCAAAAGAGAAGCCAAGUCAGCUUUAUUGUGAUUUUUUUUUUAAACUCUUGUAUAAAACUGAUAUAAUUCAUCACUCUUGCUCCAAGGGCUGGGCUGUGGGUGGGAGACUGGGACUUUGGGCCACUGGAUCUUCCCCAAUCUUGUCCUUCCUUACUUCAAUUUUUUUUCUCUAGGUUCCCCCAUACCUGUAACCAACUUUCUCUUUUUUCCUUUCCUCUCUUUUAAACCAUGCAUUAUAACUUUGAAACCAAAACUGCCCUAGGUCCUUCUCUGGGAUUUUGGGAAAUAAAGGGAGGGAACUUUGUUCUCAUCUACCCUAUCCCUGAAGCAGAGGGGGUACACUGGUACUGGAGGUAGAAGAGAGAUGAUAAUAUGGGGAUGUGGUUCUCAGAAAACACCAAAUAACUUCGAAGAGCAAAGGCUGGGGCUCUGGUGGGGAGUGGAAGGAUGGCUGUAGGGUGUAGAAGGAUGAAAAGAGGAGAAACUUGGACACCCAAAAGAGCAUGUACCUGGAGAAAGACUGGGCUUCACUUGGGGGACUGACGUGGACAUCGUCGCUAAGCAGGCUGUCCCCGGGCAGGGCAGGGCGCCUGCUCCUCGGCCCUUCCCCCCAGCCGGCUCUACUUCCUUGCCACGUGAUGCUCCUCCCGUCUCCUCGAUCACAUGAUUUUCGCCGUACAAAUUCUGAGAGUGUUCCUCCGCGCUGGCGUAGUCCCUACCUUUUGGACCUCCUACAGUCCCCAGUGGUCCACUUAUUCCGGGACUGUAAGCAUUUUAUAUGAAUCUCUUUCCCUUAUGCACAUAUUUCUGGAGCCCAUCUCUGCUACUUGGGGUACUACUUUGUUUUGGUGUCAACGGCGUCCUUCAGCGUAGCAACACGUUUUGUGAAUAGCCGUCCUUGUAAUUGUCUGCUCUUCCCCUACGUAAUUUCUGAGAAGAACUUGUGGAAAACCAAGUAAUACUAUGAUUACCAUCUCCUACCCCUUUCCCGCCCCAGAUUUUUGGGGGAUGGAGGUCGGGAAAGGGUUUUCAGUUAUUUUCAACGACAGCCA